UUCGGUCGCACCCACCUUCAUUCCCCCACACUCAUCUCUCUCUCAUUUCCCUCCUUCUAGCUAAAACUUCCUCCUCUGACGCAUCAACAACAAAGAAAAAAAAUGGCUGUCAUUGGGUUGCUCUUGAUGGGUUUUCUCUCCAUGCUCUCCUCGGCUCAUGGCUAUGGUGGAGGGUGGAUUAAUGCUCAUGCCACCUUCUAUGGAGGUGGUGAUGCAUCAGGCACAAUGGGUGGGGCUUGUGGGUAUGGGAAUCUAUACAGCCAAGGGUAUGGAACGAACACAGCUGCUCUGAGCACGGCUCUGUUCAACAAUGGGCUGAGCUGUGGGUCAUGCUAUGAGAUCAGGUGUGUGAAUGACAGAAGAUGGUGCCUGCCAGGUUCCACAGUGGUCACAGCUACCAAUUUCUGCCCACCAAACAAUGCCUUGCCCAAUAAUGCAGGAGGCUGGUGUAACCCUCCUCUCCAACAUUUUGAUCUCGCUCAGCCUGUCUUCCUCCGCAUUGCUCAAUACAGAGCCGGCAUAGUUCCUGUGGCUUACAGAAGGGUACCCUGCAGAAGAAGGGGAGGCAUAAGGUUUACAAUCAAUGGCCACUCCUAUUUCAACCUGGUCCUCAUCACAAACGUUGGUGGCGCUGGUGAUGUGCACAGUGUGGCCAUCAAAGGGUCAAGAACUAGGUGGAUGCCAAUGUCAAGAAACUGGGGCCAGAACUGGCAAAGCAACAACUAUCUCAAUGGCCAAGCCCUCUCCUUCAAGGUCACCACCAGUGAUGGCCGCUUUGUGGUGUCCUACAAUGUUGCCCCUCCCAACUGGUCCUUUGGCCAAACCUACACUGGCGCCCAAUUCCGCUAGACAUUACAUAUAUAUAUAUAUAUAUCACAUAUAUUACAUAUUCCUGUUCAAGUGUUAGUAUGACUUAGUAUACUAGGGUAUUAAAAUAGUAUGCUACCAUGAGAAGGGCUUAUUUUAAAGGGGCUCUUCAUCGUCAUCAUCGUGUCAUGGUGGGGGUACCUAAUUGUGGGUGCCUUCCACCCAUUCUUAUUGGAAGUUGUGAAGCGAGGGAUUUUUUAGGUUAUGGGGGUAAAAAGGUAAAAGAAAUAGUGAGUAAAGUGGAAGUGGUGGAAUCUUUAUACUACCCGCCAUUAGUAUUGUAGUAGUUUCUUACUUUACAUUUUUACUUUUUGGUUAGGUUUUUUUUCUUUUGGGUUUUUUUGGGAGAGGGGGGGGGGGGAGGUAAGAAGCAAUUGUUUGGUGCUAUAUUUUAGCUUUGGCCGAGUGAGUCUUUGAUUGUAUUAGAGAUAUUUUAGUGUCAAUUUUCCUGCUUCUGCAAUGAAAAGAUGCAAUAAUUUACCACA